AUGAAUAUCUAUUUUAAAGCUGAAACGAAUCCAGCAGGUUGGGUUGCAGAUCAACAACAUCAAUCACUAAUUCAGUAUCGUCGUUCUCCAUUUGAGUUUCCAUCAACACAAUAUGAAUCGUAUCAGGAAAAUGGCACUAAAUAUCUUAAAAGCUUAAAACCGAUAUCAGAUGCUCUUCAAGAUGAGCUAAACGCAUGCACAGGCGAGGUAUUUCUUAGCGGCAUACCGCCGGAAAUUCCAGCAGAAUCUAUUGCCGAAAUCGCUGCAUUAAUAGGUGAGAUAUAUAUACUGAGGUACAAGGUAACAUUCUCUGGGAAUUCUCGAGGCUUUGCUUAUCUUCAAUACAUAAAUCCCACACUCAUGCAGCUGGCUAUAAUUCGCUUGCCGGCUCUUUUUCGACAACACUCAUUACCCAUGAUUCGCGUUCGCCAAUCACGAAACUCUUCAAAACUUUUACUGAAGAAAACUUAUUGCAUUUCGCCACAGAAUGUUUAUGAAAUGUUACGUAACCUAAUAGCUUUUGACAAAUUAGUCGGACGCGAAAUAUUUCCCGGUUAUUUUGAAUAUCAAAUAAUAUUUAAAUGCAAUGAAGAAGCAGUUCAUGCUCGACGUGAUCUUUUGCGCACCAUUUCCAAGUUUGGAAAAAAUGCCAUAGUGGUUUGGGAUACUAGUAGUGAAGAAACGGAUUUUACAAAGGAUUUCAUUAGGUGCGAAAACAAAGUGAAAGUAGAGACGAAACACACUACUUUUCUUCUCCCAAGAGACUCUCAGUACUCUGCAUCAAUGACCGCCGAAAUUGGUUUCCUUGAACUUUAA